GGAUUUAUUUUUUCUUUAUAUAGCAACAUUAUUUGUUUUUUAUUUUAUUUAUCCGUCUACAUUUCCACUUUUAUUUGCUUAUUCUUUUAUAGAUUUAGUUUUGUAAUUGGGCACUCUCACUACUCCAUAGGUUACUGCUAAAUAUUCACCCAACUAUUUCUACUACCUCUAUACAGCUACAGAGGAUCUUCUAAUGGCCAGUCGUGACCUUUAAUAGCAUAUUUCAUGAAUAUGAAUGUUAAUUACAGUCAUAUUAAAGUGUUUUCAACAGAUUUACAGAGGAGAGGAAUGUGAAGUUGAGCCACUCUGCCCCCUGUCUAUUCCUACACACAUACACACGCACGCGCACACAAGCACGUACCCCCCCUCGUGCGCCCCUGCACGCGGCCUCUGACAGCGGGCCUUGUGCACGCGGGACGCUCCGCCGCCCUUCGCCUCCGGGUCAGACCGGACUCUGCUCCGUCUUGUUUGAAAACUCUCUCCCUCUCUCUCUGGGACUCCUGUCAUUCUCUCUCCGUGUCUCUCUCCCUCCCCCCUCCUCUCCCACCGACCUCACCUCUCCUGGAGGCCUCGAGCCCAGCCGCGGGACUCGAAGAAAGAAGAAGAAGACGCGGGACAAGAAGCGCGCCGGCCGGCCGGGAGACGUGUUUCAGAGGAGGCGACGUAGAUUUCUCCUGAUCUCUGGUCGAUGGAUUUCUCACUGACAACACAACAAUAUUUUAGCUAGAAAAUCGAGUGAAGCAUGGGUGACUGGAGCUUUCUAGGGCGACUGUUGGAGAAUGCUCAAGAACACUCCACUGUAAUUGGAAAGGUUUGGCUGACUGUCCUCUUCAUCUUUCGGAUCUUAGUGCUGGGAGCAGCAGCUGAAGAAGUCUGGGGUGACGAGCAGUCGGACUUCACCUGUAACACGCAGCAGCCCGGUUGCGAGAACGUCUGCUACGACGAAGCCUUCCCCAUCUCCCACAUCCGUUUCUGGGUGCUGCAGAUUAUCUUCGUCUCCACGCCCACCCUCAUCUACCUGGGCCAUGUGCUGCACAUUGUCCGCAUGGAGGAGAAGAGGAGGGAGAGGGAGGAGGAGCUCAGGAAGGCCGGGCGACACCAGGAGGACCACGACCCUCUGUACCACAAUGGAGUUGGUGACGGAGGAGGAGGUGGCGGGAAAAAAGAGAAGCCCCCCAUCCGGGAUGAGCAUGGAAAGAUCCGCAUCCGUGGGGCCUUGCUGAGGACCUACAUCUUCAACAUCAUCUUCAAGACUCUGUUUGAGGUGGGCUUCAUCUUGGGACAGUACUUCCUCUAUGGCUUCCACCUGAGGCCGCUCUAUAAAUGUGGCCGCUGGCCCUGCCCUAACACUGUGGACUGCUUCAUCUCCAGGCCGACUGAAAAGACAAUCUUCAUCAUCUUCAUGCUUGUGGUUGCCUGUGUCUCUUUGGUCCUCAACCUGCUGGAGAUCUACCACCUGGGCUGGAAAAAGGUCAAGCAGGGCGUCACUAAUGAGUUUGCACCUGACAGUGAGUCGCUGCGCUUUAGUGGAAAUGGGCCUGGAGAUGCUGAGACCAUUCCUGAGCAAACCUCUCCAUCAGUGCUUGACUGUUUGCCAACGUACGCUACUGUGAGCGUUGGGGGCAGAGCAGGAGAAGGAGCCUACAGUCCAACUGAAUCCUCCCCUACAGUGAUCUCCUUAAACCCUAACAUGGCCACCGCUCCUGUGCCUGCUGGAUUCAAGGUGGAUGCACUCCGCUCAGACGAGAUCCUGCCAGAGGCUUUGCCUGCUUCCUGUUACAGCAAUGGUGAGAAAGUGAGCAUUGGAAGCCAUGGGCAGCUGUCAGCGAUGGAGCAGAACUGGAGCAACAUGACGCUGGAGCUCCAGAGUCUGGAUGGAAAAAAUUCCUCCUCCUCCUAUCCUCCCCCUCUUCCCUCACCCCCCACCUCUGCAUCCUCCUCUCCUCAGGAGGAGACCCCUCCAUCUCCAGAGGAGGAGCAACGCUCCACAUGUCCCACGCUUCCUCGCAAUACUCCUCUUUCAGCCCUCACACCAGAGGAGCCAGCGGUGGACGAGGUCUCCACAGCGCCUUGUACGGUCCAGCAUGAUGACUUCACCGUGGUAACCAAGGCGGAGAUGCAUCAGCCUCCUGCAGCUGCAGGAACAGACAUCCGGAAGCCAAGUCGGGUCAGCAAGAGCAGUGGUGUCCGAGCUCGCCCUGAUGACCUGGCAGUGUAGCUAACACACACACACACACACACACACACACACACACACACACACACACACACAUUUACACACCCACGCAUACAUUAUUCAUCUUAUUGUUUAACACUCUGCCAAAAUGCGUAUUUUAAAAUUAGUUCUUCAAGCAGUACCAUCAGCAUUUUGUCAGUCAAACACUACAGAUCUCCAACAUGGCUGCCAGAGGGUGUGCUACAGCACCUAAAGCCCAGUGUUUUAAUGAGUACCUGUCUGGUGCAAAGAGAGAAAUGAAGGCGCCAACAUGGAAACUUCUUACUGUCCUGGCCACUUCUCUUUAAAGAAUGAGGAAAAGCAUUAUAGGAUCAUGCAAGGUCUAUAGGAGAAUUGCAAACCUACUCACUCGCACACAUACACACACCUAAAGUAUACAUCUAACCAGCACUGACACAAAUAAGGAAGGCUUAUAGUGGUGAUGAUGAUGAUGAUGAUGAUGAUUGGACUGACUAAUAAGUUUUGGAGCAUAGAGACAGCAAUACUAUAUUCUUUUAUUUUUACCUGUCUUUUAUUUCUUUGCUGGGAGACAUCAGAGGAGAGGUUUGCACUUUUGUUUCUUUAUUUUUAUUUUCCCUGUGACGUGAUGAUGGAGCUGAACGGUCUGUGGGUCUGUGGAACUCGUCCGUCUUCGUGUGUCGUUCGCACCCGGCCUGUAGUUUCGAUGAAGAGAGGGACGCAGCAGCGUUAGGACACAGGAAAGCAAUACAGCAGUCCCACCCUGAGACAUAGUCCUUAGGCUUCACAGGCUGUGUGUGUGUGUGUGUGUGUGUGUGUGUGUGUGUGUGUAGGUACCUUAGUCUUGUUUCAGUGUUUAUAAAAUGACAUCUCUGCAGUUACAUCAGGGUAAACUAUAUAAAGUAUAUAAAUAUGUAAAUAUAUAGUGAUGGAUAGUAUUGAUAUGCACCACAGGAUGUUAUACAGAACUACCUACAUUUUUAAAAGUUUGUCUCUGAUUAAGCUGCAAUUUAGAGCGACUUUGAUCGAGAAAACCACGAAUCAAAAGAGCUUUUCUAACAGUGACCCGACGAGGUGGGUUAAAUAAAAAAAGAAUACAUGAUCAAGGGCUAAAAAACCAUUAUUUUGUGUUCUUUACUGAACAAUUUGACGCUUUGCAGCUUAAACUGAGCAUUAAAACUAGUACACCUUCUUUCUGAUGAUUGUGCUUGCAGUGUGUUACAGAACUGUUGAGUUCCUCCUAGCUGUUCUGUAUAGGAGGACUCUUAAGUUAAUUUUUCUAGAUGAGCUGUAGAAUAUACUGUAGCUUUUAGAUAUUUUUUUUGAAAAAACAAGAAAGCAGUAUGAGCUUAAAAAUGUUUCAUUUCUCUGUUAGUUCUUAACAGACUUCCCACAUGUGAAUUUUUCCUGUUUCACUCAUUAAUUCCUGCCAAAAUAAGGAAAUAACAUACAGGAACAAGUUCCUACCGUAUAAAUUUGGUUACGUUGAAGAACAGCAGCUUCCCAGUAACUUUUACUAAUUUUAAUCAUCAGGAAUGAAAAAUAUACUUUAACAACAAGACAACAAGGGAGAGUGGUUUGGGGCAAACUGUGCAUUGGGUUUGUGUAUCUUUGUGUUUCUCUCUGAGCAAAGUAUUAGUUGAUUGUAAUUAAGGUGCUUGAAAAAUCCAGUUGCUAGAUAGUCCCACAGAUCAUGUGUUUGGAUUAGAAGUUGAACACUGUAACCAAAAUAAGAGCAGUCAUCAUGGUCUAAAUCUGGAUUAAACCCAGGUAUUAUACAUAAGGUGUCAUUCAUAUGAGUACAUUUUAUUUUGAAAAGCCAGUAUGUUCCACAAACCCUCAUUAGCACUGUUUAACAACUUUGAGCUUUUACUUUGAAAGCACAGUCCAGCGUCAGUCAGCUGUGAGUCACUGGUUUCUGGCAGAGAGCAGACAAAUUACAGCUCAAAAAGCUUUGAUGCAGUAGAUUUUUUUUAUUGCAGUUGUCAAAUCUUUAAGUGCCUUAAAUAAUGCUCUUAUAUGUUCAUAAUAAUAAUAAAUACAUCCAGAUAAAGGAAUUUUCACUCAUCUGCAUUCAUGACAAUUUGAAAUUUGGUCAAAAACAUUAAAUAUUUUAGGUCCAAAAUAUUCUAAAUUAUAAAUCAGCUGAAUAUUAGCACAAAGGCUAACUUUUAAAAUGCCAAUAUUAUGUGCAUGUUGCAGCAUAUUUGGCACUUUGGUAAAUAAUAUAUCAGUUUGAUCAGAAGAAUGACACUGUUUACUUCUCACGUUUCACUUGGACAGAGCUGUACAAGCUGCUUCUAGUCCUGAAGCUUAGCAAAGCUAAAUGUGACAGUAGGACCAGUCUGGUUCUAUAGCUUUCAACAAGAAUAUUUUGCAAAAUGUGCCACUCCAUAUCUGUUUGGUAAGCUGCAACAAAAUGUGAACUGGUGCUCCAUGUUAUUAAAAGUUAUUGAGAUGUGGAUCUAACUAAGAACUCAAGGAUUCAACACAGGGCAAAUUGCUAAUCUGCUUUACCAGCUCAUAUAUUUUACUCCAAUUUGGGACCAUAAAUCACAAAACAAGCAUAAAGCUUGCUAUUGUGACACCUUAACCUCACUUGGAAAAUGUUUACUGGACUAAUAAAUGGUCAUUUUCUCUCAGACUUCAAUACAAUCAAGCCUCUUUUUGCUACCAGAAGAGUCGACCAUUGAUUGCUACUAGAAAAAAAUGUAGAUUUGAGGCACUUUUGUAUUGGCUUCUUCUUAUCAGACCUGAAGAAUAUGUUCAUAUUUUAUAUAUAGUCUAUGCAAACAAUUGUCAUCUUUACUGUUAACAGCUGUUGUAGAGUGUGACAAUAUGUGUGCAACCACAAGUUACAGAUUUAUUUUUUUCACAUUAAGGAAGCUAUUAGCAUCUCCAGACCACAAACUAGUUCCAGCAGCAUGAACCUCAGCUCUCCCUCACCAUUCUUGCUGAAUAUUAACCUCUAAAUGAAACUGAGCCAUAGGAGCCAGUAUGAUUUGUUCCUUAUGUACUUUUCCUACUAUGACAGGAAAAAAAGGUCCUGUUGACUUUCCCAUGGUGCUACGCUGUGAUUUGAGGAGGAACAUUAUGUCUGUAGGCUGAGAUCAGUGGCAUCACCAGCUGUUCUUUUAGAGUUUUAAAAUCAGUGAUUGACGUCUAAUAAUGAAUGCAACAACAGCUAUGCUGCACAAACCAACAUACAACAUGAGUUGACAAAUGAGAAACACUGCAUGUUGAUUUCAACACAUCAGCUACAUUAAUGACAACUCACUGUGUACAAAAGGAUAAACUAGAGACUGCAUAUUGCGUUGUUUGUGGACUGCGUCAACUGUUUACACGUCUCAUGAAGCUUAGGAAGCAAUAAACGACUUCAGCACACCAUGGCAGCUGAAACACCCAAUCUAUUCUUAGAGAAGAUGUUGCUCGCUAUGAUGUGUGUGAUUUAAACCCAAAGAGAUAUACGCCAAAGAAAUCACACUACAUGAUGGACUCCAACCACAAGAUCAGUUUUACAACCCAUUGAUGGACGAUUGAAGACAUUUUGUUGAACUUUGUCUCUAAAAUGCUGUUGAAACAAGGUUUACUUCUUCCUAUUGGUGAAAUGUUUUUUUCCUAACCUUGUUGUUCCAAGCUGUUCUUAGUACCUUCAAUAUGUUGGUAAAGAUUUGCACAGUUAUUUAUGAGGAUAUAAAGAAGAAAAAUGACAAAGCUUGUCCUAUGAAGAAGGAUAUUCACAUAUUUUUGUUUAUUUACGGAAAUACUGCAAACAAAGUUGGUGUGGAUAAGAAAUGAACCUAAAAUGAUUUUAUUUUUCUGUCCUGAAUCUGGAUUAAGAGGCUAUUGGCUGCUCCAGCUUUCACACCAUGGACGUGCCUCGAAACAAAGCUCCUCUGAUGGAGAGCGUGAUGGAUUUUCACCAAAAAGCAGGAACACACUCCCACUUAUGGAAAAUGAAGAAUAACUUCCUCCCAUUGUAAACUGACUGUCUUUGAAGAGAAGUGCCUUGUGUCUGAACCUUUUGUUAAAGAACAUGUUGAUGUAAAUGUUCAUUUACCUCAGAUGUUUACAGAACUGUCACUGAAUAAACUUUUUGUACCAUACCUGUGGUUGUUCCGACAUACUUUGGGAUCCAAAAACCAAAACCGUUCAACCGGAUGUCCGCUUUAAGUUGUAAAGAUGUGUAACAAUAGCAUAGCAUGCUAACCACCUUAUUGUCAAUAGGUAUAGGCAAUGCUAUUAUUUUCUAUGUUAUUAGCUUCACAUAAACAGAAUUCUGUUAAGGAGUAUAGCCUGUUACAUUAUAAAUAAAUAAGUAAAUUUAGCUGAAGAUGGAAUUUUCACCUAACUCUGAGUGCUAGCUAAGAGUUAUGUUAAUUAGCUAGCUAAUUACACCUAGCAGUCAUUUCCUCUGGUCACUGGCUUGAAAUAAGCAGCCUGCUUUUGUUUACAUUGGUAUGAAAGGACUCAUUAGUUCAAAGAUCAUUCAGACUUUUAAUGAAUUAAUGUGUUUGCCAAAUGCAUAGAUGCAUUCUAGAUAAUCUUAUCUUCUAUCAUCCACAGUUAAUACUGAAACAUUUUACCCUGUGACCUUUCCAUUACUCUCACUGUCGGGCCAAAUUCCCAGGUGUCCAUUAGAAAGAUUUCGCAACAAAAAAUGUUGUGGGAAUAAACAUUUCAUCAUGUGCUCUCUUUUUUUUUUGACUGACCUGAACUGGAAACACCUCAAACUAUCUAAUAAUACCUGUUUCUUCACAAGAAUGGAGUCAAAUAAACAGAUAAAUGUGGCCUACUGUAAAUUUUAAUCAUUUUAUCCUGAUGACCGGUUCACCUAUUCAUUUGUUCUGAAUUCAUAACCUGUACUGUGAGCCGUGUGUGUGUGCGCGCUGAUGUCUCGAUGUGUCCUGCUGUGUGUCCUCAUGCCGUCGCCCAUGAAGCUGUGCUGAGGCCAGCGCUUCCUUUAUGCUUGCUGAAAGUCCCAGGGAUUUUGGCUGAACAAAAACCUCUCCAGGGAGUGAAAGGCUGUGAAUGCCUGCUAAUGCUGGUCCGACCUCUGGACUCCUGCAGGCUGCUGCGUAUGUGUCUAUAUGAUUCAAUAUGAACACGGACAGCCAGUGAAAAUACGACGUAUUGUCAAAAUGAUACAGAUCAGAACUAAAAUAAGAAGCAUUUUGCAGUUUUGACUUUUGAAGUGUGCUAAUUUAAAGUGUGACACUAAUGUUGCAGAGAGUCUAGGUAUAAAUAAAUUAUGACUUACAUUUUAAAUAAACACUGAAUAGAAAUCUCAAAUAUGCUUGUCACACUUCAUUCAUCACAUGAGAACACUGAAGUGUUUGACGCUUUAACCCUCCUGUUAUCUUCAUUUACAGGCACCAAAAAAUAUUGUUUCCUUGUCUGAAAAAAAAAAAAAAAAAUCAGCAAAAAAAUCCCCAGAUUUCUGAAAAUUUGCAAAGCCUUCAGGAAGAAAAUUCCAGUAACUCCUUAAAAGUUUUAUUUUAAAAAAAUCUCCCAAAUUGGCAAGUAAAUUCUUGUAAAUAUUUUCAAAAAUGAAUAAAAAUCUUCAAAAAAAAAAAAUCCUAAAAAUGUCUCAAAUUAAUACAUACAUAUCGGUAAAACUUCUAAUAUUUUCUUGAAGAAUAUUCACAAAAAAUCAACCAAAAUCCAGCAAAUUUCGCUGGAUUUUGGUUGUUGUUGUUUAACAUUAGUUUAAUUUGCUACAUUAUUUACUUGUCACAGCAGAAAAAGAGACGCUCUGAAGAAACGAUCAAAUCUCUUGCUCAAGGACAAGGAGGAAAAUGGAGAGGUAGAAGACAGCUGAGCAAAUUCAUCUUGGUGAAACUGAGGUGGGGCCCCUUGGUUGUUGGAUGGGACUUUUGGACUUCUGGAUUAGUAUUAAAAGGAGCAUGAGCCAUGAAGGAAGGAUGCAGGAGCAGGAUGAUGGGAUUGAAGGAUGCCUGAGCAUGUAGACUUUAUAAAGCCUGCAAACAGAGAUGGAAAAAAAAUAUGAUGAGAUUAAAAGGUCAGAGACAGAGGUGUAAUACAACCUGGAGUCCACCAGAGGGUGCUGGCGUCACAGGUCACGACCCUGACUCAGGUGAAGAAACCGGAAGCGCGGGUCGUCCGGUCCGAAGUGUAAAGUGACCAAAAUGGAGGAAGAAUGAAACCGGAACAGCCUCGUUUUGUUGUCGAAGCGGCUGAUGGGAAGGUUUCUCCUCCUCCGGACGGUCUGCAGACGAGCCACGGUCCGGGUUCGGUUCUUGGAGAAGUCCGGUGCGGUGGAGUGGUGGAGGGCUGCUGGGAGUGAUGGAGCCGGGUCUGUAUUUCUGGUGACGGCUGGUCCGAGGAGAAGAAGCCAGAGACUGAUUUAGAGUUACUUUUGUCCCGUUUGGUGAACUUGGACGUCGGUGGAUGAGGACCUUGGAGAGAAACUUCUGACUGCUGGUGGUGGUUGUGUGUGGAGUUGGAUUGUUCUCCAACAUAUCGUCCCGUCUGGAGCAGUUCAGGAUCCAUGGUGAGUAAAUGAGUUACUUUCUGAAGUAGUAUUGAGAUGCUGGAUGGGCUAGCAGGUGUAAAUAAACCUGCCAGGUGAUAACAGGUGAACCGAAGUUAACUUCAUAUAGGUGGAGGGUUUACAUGUUGCAUUUGUGUACAUGAGCUGUUGACUAUUUAUUUAGCUAUUAGUCUGUUGGUGUAUGUUGGAUUGAGUCGUGUUUAAUGUAACAUACUAUAUAAUUUAAAAUGUUUGUGGGUCUGACCUGACAGUGAGUCAGACUUACUGAAAUAAGCCAGCAGUAACUUAAAAAUAAAAUAUAACAUAAAAUGCUUUCUUAAAUGGAAACUAGUAAGUCAAUGUACGAAAACUUGUUUCUUUUGUAUAAAUUACACCAGUGUGUGAUGAUGAUGAUGUCAAUGAGGUUUUAUGGGCAGUAAGUCAGGUUUAUUGAAAUAAACCUGACUUACUGAAUAAACUGCAGACCAGGCUCCUAAACAUUCAGGGCUGCAUAAAAAAAUGGCCAUUAAAUGGUUUUCAGGUUGUUGUUUGCACUGAUAGAAAACAUCUGUAUUCUACUCAGAAACAACUUGCCUUUUAGCUCCAUUAUACCAGGACUUUUAGAAAAAGAUUUGAGUAAAGCGCUCCAACAACAGUAGGUAACUGUGUGCAGGAUUGAGAACUUAAGAUACUGAAAAUUCACGACAAAGACUGUCGCUUUUACUCACUGUUUGGCGUCAUUUCAGAAGUUCUGGCACGAAACUCGUUGUUUAAAUAUUUAAACAUUCAGACUUUGCUCCUGCAGCUGCUUUAGUUGAACAGUGAGCCUGGCAUUAUUCCUGGUGUGACACUUUCUUUUGUACAGUAGGUCCUCUAGUGGCCAAUCUAUGACAUCACUGUAUGAACCUAAUCAGUUUUUGAUGCAAAUUGAGAAAACAGAGACAGUGUUUAUUCUUUUAAUAAUGAAUUUUUUUCCUUAACAACCUUUUAAAAAGAUGUAAUGACUCACAUCUCACAUGAGGGCUUUCUUUUCCACCUUUUAUUCACCAAACAAAAGUCAAACUUGACCGCAUGGAAGAAUUUUAUUUCCAAAAUCUUACAUGUAAGAUACAAGCUGACAUAAAUGUAGCUCUCUUCACUCCAUUUAAAGUGUGAUCAUUCUGAUUCUGUACUCUUGGCGUGUCUGGAUAAUUUUUUUCCUCACUCUCAAUCCUGGCAUCCCAUCAUUGCUGACGUGAUGCUCUGAGGGGCAACAAUUAUCCUUCCUGUAGCCAGUAUCAUGGGGCU